CCUCGCUCGCCUCUCCACCGAAGCCCUAGCCGGGCUCCUGGUGCUCUCCUCCCGCCGUCGCCAGCCAUGGACGCGGAGCAGCUCCUAACGUACAUCUACACCUGCCUCCCCGAGCCGCCAGUCUACGACACCGCUCGCCUCGCCGCCCGCCGUGCCGCCCCCUACCACGGCGUCGACCGCAUCAGCGGCCUCUCCGACGCGCUCCUCCACGACAUCGUCUCCCGCCUCCCCUUCAAGGACGCCGCGCGCACCGCCGUACUCGCCACGCGCUGGCGCCGGGUCUGGCUCUCGGCCCCGCUCGUCGUCGUCGACACCCACCACCUGGACCACUGGCCCCCGACUCGCGCCGACGCGCCGGCCGUCACCGCCGCGGUGUCGCGCGCCCUCGCCGCGCACCCCGGGCCCUUCCGCUGCGUCCACCUCGUCUCCAGCCACAUGGACGGGUACCCGGCCCAGCUCAAGCGCUGGCUCCGUCUCCUCGCCGCCAAGGGAGUCCAGGAGCUCGUCCUCGUCAACCGCCCCUGCCCGCGCCAGGUGCCUCUCCCCGGCACACUCUUCCGCGUGGCCACCCUCACCCGCCUCUACGUCGGCGUCUGGAAGUUCCCGGACGCGGCCUGCCUCGGCGACGCCUCCUUCCCCAACCUCCGCGAGCUCGGCAUCUUCAGCGUUGCCAUGGAGAAAGGGGACAUCGAAGCCGUCGUCGCCAGGAGCCCCGUUCUCGAGAUCCUCAACAUUCAAGGGAGCGUCAAGGGGUUGGGUCUCCACCUCAUCAGCCAGAGCCUCCGAUGCGUGCAGAUCUGCGAUUCCGUGAUGGAGAACAUCGUCGUGGUGGACACCCCGCGUCUCGAGCGGCUCAUCCUGUACAAGGUCCGGGGAUCUCUCAACCCUGCCAGUGUCCUGCGGACCGGGAUCAAGAUUGGCAAUGCCCCCAAGCUGGAAAUGUUCGGGUAUCUGGAGCCAGGAAAGUACGUGCUUCAGGCCGGAGACACCAUCAUCAUGCCCGGGAUGAAGCCAAGCGCAAGCACUAUGUUUACGAGCGUGACUAUCCUGAGCCUGAAUGUCCGUUUUGGAGUCCACGAUGAUGCCAAUAUGGUGGCUACCUUCCUAAAGUGCUUUCCCAACGCAUCGAGUCUGCAUAUCAGGUGUGAACAAUGUGAUGAACCCGCUGGGAAGCUCGUACUUAAGUUCUGGGAGGAGGUUGGUCCCAUCGUGAGUGUCAUGUUGCGCAUAGGGGUGAUGACUAUCCGUGAAUUCCGAGGGGAGGAGGGUGAGAUGGCUUUUCUCAAGUACUUCUUCACGAACGCGAGGGAGCUGAAGUAUGCGGCGAUAAUCUUCCCCAAUCCAAGCUUCUCUUCAAUUUCAAAGAACGAUGCAUGCUCCAAAGCAAACUAUCUGACCUCUCUGAACUGGGCCACUCAAGGCUGCGGAUUCAUGGUGUAUGGGAGUUCAGAUCCUGAAGGAGGCAGACCGUGGUGCUUCAAGACCGGAGCAAUUUUUUCGCGUGACCCUUUCUCGUGGUGAAGUCAAAAGCUCCAACAUAUCUCAUGGUCCAAAGCUUAAUGCAUGUGGGAGUGUUUAGUGUCAAUCGUUUGCAACAUGGUACUCCCUCCGUUCCAAAUUACUCGUCGCUGAAAUGGAUCUAUCUAGAACUAAAAUACAUCUAGAUACAUCCAUAUGUGCGACAAGUAAUUCGGUACGGAGGGAGUACAUGGUAUCGUUUUGGUUAGUGUUUAUGAUCAGCUUGGAAGUGUUGAGGUUAGUAUAGUUAGUAGUGGUGCUGGUGUGCUACCUACUGUUGAUGAGAAAUCAGUACUCUCUCUAUGCCUGGGUUUAUCUUGGUGGUGAUGGUUGCCUGAUAAGGCAUGUAAAUGAUGAAUGUGCAAACUAACCUCGU